AUUCAACCCUGGUACAUAACCUAAAAAAUUUUAAAGUGCUCACGCGCACGUGUUUCUGCUAAAUUUUUGUUUUUGUAUAGAAUAACAAGAACAUUUUUCAAAAAAUGGGAAAACAGAAACGUCAACGACACAAACAACAUAAACAAAAUCCAACUGGAUUAAUUAGUGAAAAAGAUUUUGACGAGGAAUUAGAAGAUGUAUCAGAGGAAACUAAAGAAAAAGCUCUACUUAGGGUUAUGGAGCAAUUAAGUUCUGCAGAUAUGGAGGAGAAAAUGUCUGGCCUUCAAACAUUGGAGUCAAUGAGUUAUGAAGAAUCGAUGGCUGUUAAAAUUGCCAAAGAUAAUAUUGCAAAAAUUGUCGGACCUUAUUUAGUUGAUGAAAAUAAAUUAGUGAGAGCAGCCGCUGCAAGUACAUUAAGAAUUAUUGCAGAAAAUGGCGGUGAAGAAGCUUACACGUGUCUUUUAAAAGAUGAUCUUAUGACUCCACUUACAGCAUUAUUGAAAAAUCAUUAUUUAAAUUGGCAUCCAAGUACGGACCCGAAAGAAAAGGAAAAAGUCGAACAGGAAAAGCAAAUUUUUGUCGAGGCUGUAACAUUACUGUGGACAUUAGGCGAGAAAAAUGAAUGUGUCAUUAAACGUUCGAAUGAGGAGAAUUUGCUUUCGAUUUUAAUUAAAUUUCUUGACACGUCAACAUAUGGAAUAAGAUUGAGCAUUGUGGCAAUUCAAUGUAUGCUCACAUUAUCCGAAGACAAUCCAACGGCAAUUUUAGAAUUAAAAAAACAAGAAAGCACCCUCAUUAAUUAUCUUGAUUGGAAACCUGAAAAUGAAAAUAUCAUUAAUACAAUGUCACUGCGCACUCUGGCAGCGGGAUUAUUAAUGAAUAUAAAUAAUUCAUUCACCACUGAAAUUGAUUCAUUGAAAAUUGCCAGUAAAGUUGUUACAAUACUCACCGAUACACUCACUCUCGAUUAUCAACAACAAACAGAAUUGUUGACUAAAGCAUUUAAAAAUGAAAAAAAUCUCACUCGCAAUUCGAGGAAAAAUAUUCGCGAAAUCAAUCAAAUUGCAUCGAUUCAACAGCAAGCCUUGGAGAUUUUAGCGAAUUUAUGCACAGACGAUCAGGAGAGCGAUGAGGAAUCUGAUUUUGAUGAUUCCGAUGAAUAUGAGGAGGAAAUGGAUAUUGAUCCAAUGGAGGAUAAAUCAAUUAAUUCUUAUUCAAAUAUUCCUGUGGAAUUGAUUGAAGUCAUUGCAAGUACUGAUUUAGUUAAAAAAGUUUGGAGCAAAACGGAGAAAAUCAAUGAAAAUGUGAUAAAAACUUUUGAUUUAAAUCCCGAGGGUAUUUUUAUAUUAAAACGUCUUCGUGUGUUGAGAUGUCGUGCUUUUCUUUGUUUGAAUAAUUUAUUCUCGAGUUUAGAUGUCGAUACUCUUGGCGGUGUUGAUAAUUUGUACAGAUUGUGGAGCGAAAUUGGAAAAGUAGUUUUUACUGAUGCCGAUCCAAAUGAUAUUGAUUUAUUGGAAUCGGCCACAUCAGCAAUGCGUGCAGCUUUACAAAAAUUAGCGGAAGUAAAAGCAAAUGUAUUUCAGCAAUUAAGUGUUGUCGAUUUACAGCCAAUGUGUAAUGGCGAGAGGCAAUGUUCGAAUGCAAAUGUAAGGGCUAAUUUACUCAGGAUUCUUGGAAAUCUCGCUCUAAUUUUACUUAAUGUUCAAAAUCCACAAUCACUGGAAUUAAUCAAGCACAUUUCUGUCUUCCUUUUGGAAACAUGUACAAAAGAAAAUGAAGUUUGGGUGAUUGCGGAAUCUUUGGAUGCCAUAAUGGAUAUUUUUGCUGAAGAUGAAACAGACACUUUAGCAAAAGAAAUCAAUUUAGUCGAGAAACUUAAGUCUUUUAUGUCUAUUUUAAAGAAUAAGAUACGACAGCAGAAACAGAAGCUUGGCGAUAACGCUUCAGUUGUGUCGACAGUGAAGACGAAUUUGAACAGAUUUAUCAAAUAUAAAGGUCAGAGAGUUGCGCAACUUUAAAAUGCAAAUAUUUGAAUAUUACAGUAAAACUUUUACUGUACAAGAAAUAUUAUAAAUUUUUAUAUAGAAUAAUUUUUAUAUUUCUAUUGAAGAAUUAUUGUUUUUAAAUAAGAUUUAUCUAUAAUCUUGAUAA